GGGCCCCCGCGGCGCGACGCGGGCCCUGAGCGGGAGCGGCGGUGCCUCCCGCGGCCCAGGCCUCGCCCUCCCGCGCUCCUCGAUGUCUCCCCGGCGGGGAGGACGCUGCCUGCGACACCCGCCGAGCGGCGCCCCCCGGAGCGCCCCGCUGCCGCCUCGCGGGGACGAUGAGGGCGGAGGGCGCCGACCACUCGAUGAUAAACCUGUCGGUGCAGCAGGUCCUGAGUCUCUGGGCCCAUGGCACGGUGCUGAGGAACCUCACGGAGAUGUGGUACUGGAUCUUCCUCUGGGCUCUCUUCUCCUCUCUGUUCGUCCACGGUGCUGCAGGCGUGCUGAUGUUUGUGAUGCUGCAGAGGCACAGGCAGGGCAGAGUGAUCUCUGUCAUUGCUGUCAGCAUCGGCUUUCUGGCUUCUGUAACUGGAGCAAUGAUUACUAGUGCAGCAGUGGCAGGCAUCUACAGAGUGGCUGGGAAGAACAUGGCCCCCCUGGAGGCCCUGGUGUGGGGCGUGGGGCAGACUGUACUGACCCUUAUCAUCUCCUUUUCAAGGAUCCUCGCGACACUUUGAGGUUCUGAGGGAAUGUCUUCUUAACUAAGGAAACAGAUGUCCAGCUUCCCCGGAAAUGGCCUUGUUAACCAGCUGAACUGAAAUUGUACAAGCAGGGACCCAGCAAGUCAAAACCUAGGAAGACCUUGAGCCCUGUGGAUAGCCUGCCCUCUGGCGUCCAAGCGAUUGCACUACCGCACUGCACCUUACGUGCCUCCACCCCAGGCAAGGUGCACAGGACACUAUGUGAAGCUGCAAGAAAAAGCACCUUGUUUAGCUGCCAAUCAGGUUAACAUUGGUGUUGAAAUCAUUGUUCUCAACAGUGUUGUGUUAAGUUACAGGGAUUUUGAGAAAUGGAUCUAUGUGCCAAACUUUUCUUUCUGUUAACAUUGAUCAUGUGACAGUUUGCAAGUGUAGAUGUGUAGAGUGCUGUGAAUAUACUUGACAUGGUCCAGG